GAAAUUGCUCUGAGCUGAACAGGGAUGUGCUCCGCCCAUCAGGAAACACACCCAACUCUGUCAAAGAGUUCUGCUCUAGAGAGCUGUGGGAGUAAAAUCCUGGGCUUGGAAACUGAACGGUUACACACAUUAAACCUGAAUGGGCCGCCGUCUGGAUGAUUACCAUUAUGGAGUAAAGUGUAUAUUCCUGCUUCGAAUGCAACUUUGACCAUUUUUAUAAAGUGCAAACGCAGAAAACCAAGAAAAUGUAUCAGGUCAAUGCUUCAGGUAGACAGUCUCAUCUGCACUGAGAUACCUGCGAUGGAACAAAAUCUGAAAUUCGGAGUAAAUCGGAAUCUCAUUAUUGGACUUAACAAGAGCGUCUUGAGAGAGAGCUGUUAAUUUAGCAGAAUGUUGAUAAAUCACAGACGGAUCAGGAAAUGGCAUUUUCUACAGCUUAUUUCAAUGUGCUGUAUCUUGUCGGUGCUCAUGGUUUGCUGGGACCACGUGGACAACCACGUGGUCAGCCACGUGAAGUCGUACUCCUACCGCUAUCUGAUCAACAGCUACGGUUUCAUCAACAAGAGCCUGAGCGUCAGCCAGGAGGACGCGGCGAGGUUCAGCAGUUUCCCGUAUUUGUUCAAUCAAAAGGACAUUUGUAAAGACAAGGAUGUGUUGCUGCUGCUCUUUGUGAAAUCCUCGCCGGAAAACUUCAACAGAAGGCAGGCAAUACGUUCCACCUGGGGCAACGAAACGUACAUGAGAAGCGAGCUGGGUGUCGAGGUGAAAGUUGUGUUUGCUAUGGGAGUUCACAAAGACAAUGGUUUCCUGCAAGGGGAUUUGCGCAAGGAAAGCACCAGCCAUGGCGACCUGGUUCAACAGGACUUUCUCGACACCUUCCAUAACCUCACUGUGAAACUGCUUCUCCAGUUCAGCUGGAUGCAUGAUAACUGCGCACACGCCCACUUUUUGAUGUCUGCCGAUGAUGAUGUUUUCAUUCACAUGCCUAAUCUGGUGCGUUACCUACAGGACCUCAAGAGACAGAACGUGCGCAAUUUCUGGGUGGGCCACGUGCACAGGGGAGCGCCUCCCAUUCGCAGUAAGAGCAGUAAAUACUACAUGCCCUUUGACAUGUACCAGUGGUCGUCCUAUCCUGACUACACUGCCGGCGCCGGUUACGUGGUGUCCGGAGACGUGGCAGCAAAAAUCUAUCAGGCCACCCUAUCUCUUAAUGCUUCCAUGUACAUCGAUGACGUCUUCAUGGGUAUCUGCGCCAUCGUAGCGGGCAUCUCGCCCCAAGAACACGUUUACUUCUCAGGUGAGGGGAAAACGCCUUAUCACCGAUGCAUUUAUGAAAAAAUGAUCACCUCACACGGACACGAGAAUGAUAUCGGGUAUCUGUGGAAGGCGGCAACUGACCCGCAGGUAAAAGGCACAUCUUCAGGAGUAAUGGGGAGACUGUAUUGUGUGGCUGUGAAAAUGAUGUUACUUUGCAAGCCGUACUUCUCAAAUACCUACUCAUGCACGGGAGCUUUUACAUGAUUCACUGAGAGCUCUAUAUGUCCAAGCAGUAUUUUUUAUACUUUUGUUUACUUCUGCUUUCAGUUUGAAAUAUCAUGUCAGUUGUGUCAAUCAAAUAAAACGAUGUACCUAUAAGCCUUUGGUCAACGUAUUUUUUAUA